UGGAGAAGCUGGUGGUUAGGUCGUUAGGUCGCUAGACUACGGCGGUGCGCGGUAAUAACGUUGUACUUUGCCAGCAACAACAAAAAAGUUGCCACGUCGUAAAAGGGUGAGCGCUCCUUUCGUUGCAACGUUGUGUCGACAACGUCUUGUCUAAAUAUUUGUAGGAUAUUUAGAUCUCGCACUUGCAAAACAUGUGACGAACGCUAAGAAGCUAGGCCUAACUAGUUGUGGAAGUGGUGCUUUUCAUUGUUCAGUGUAGUACACUAAAUAGAUAUACAUUAAUAUUUUGAAACAGGAGUUGUGUACGUCCGUUGUCCUUCGUAAACUUUGUGCAAAAUGAAAAAGUUCUGCGUAGUGAGAUUUGUGGAGGAGGACGCUGUAGCGGUAGUUCCCUCCUGCUGGCUGAAAGGAAAUGCGAAACAAAACUCCAAAGGCUAUCUACAGGGCAUGUUUUACUGGCCGCCGUCAGCGUUCAGAGGCCAAAAGCUGGUCCGUGCAAUAAUGUCUGAGCAUCCGCCGUCGGCAAACUUCGGCAUUCUCGAGGCAGUAAUUCUGAAGACCAAAGAUACUCCAUUCUUUACAUUCCAGUUGACACGAGGUUUUAGGCCCGAGCAGAGACAAGGGCCAGAGAAAACCACAAGCUAUGAUGCUGGGGCCAUUUCUUUUCGGGACGAUGAGGCCGCAGACGACCUCUCUCCACUGUUGGCGCCGCGCACAAUCAGAAGUUCUGAAAAUGUUUUUGCUGACAGUUUGUCUGAGGAGGCCAACCCUGAUGUUUGGCUUGCCCCUGAAGAUUCUGGUGACCGCUCUGCUCCCACAUGUUCUGACAAAGUUUCCCCAGAUACUGCCCGUGCCAUCCUUCGUGAGCUGCACGACAUCAAGCAACAAAAUAUUGCGCUGAUGAAAAUUGUGAAGCAGAAAGGCACUCAGGCAUCAACAGUGAUGAUGGAAGACCUCCCACUACACACAGAGGAGGAGGUGAAGAGCAUUGAGUCCCGGCUUGAAGAUAAAGAGCUUUACUCGGAUCUGGUCGCUGCAUUCUCGUUUCUUGGAGGCAACCAACUGAGGCAAAAGGUAACAGUCAUGAUGAGGCGCCUUCUAUCAGACAGUCUAGGCCAGCAGUACAGUUGCUUUGGUGCGAAAGGCAAAAGACCCUUCUGUAGUCUCAACAUCUGUGGUGUUCUCAAAGAUGCCAUUCGACGGAACAGGGGCACUGCACAUGCCACCGACAGAGAAAUUGAGUCUUGUAUCCGAACCUGGCUCAAGAACUGCGUAACGCGUAUCAGCCUGAGACAGAAAGGCGGUUCUGAAAACCAUGCGCCUUCUACACCGAACAGCACCACAGACCACCGACUUGGAAGACACCAGCAACAGAGGAACUAGACUCUUCAGUCAAGAAACCAAGGAAACAGUCAAGAAACCAAGGAAAACAGUGUAUAACAUAGAUGGGUAGAAAUCCAGCGAACCGGUAGAGAUGUAGGAAGGGAGUUGCCUCAGGACAGAAGCCGCCGAUAUUUCGAACAGAGACUGUUCUUCUUCUGGGCACCGUCCUCAUCAUUGGCAUGGUAUUUAAAGGGUUAGGUGUGACGUGUUUAAAGGUUCAUGCGAAUUGUGGGUCAACAGCCCGGAGGGAAGAAAGGUCCGUACGGGUUUUUACGGCGGGAGUGAAUGGCUGCUUUGUUAGAGUGUGGAGGGGAUUAUGUGAACGUAGUGAUCUAGGCUACAGACCGGUUACAGAAAAAUGGAAGGUUCACGAACACGUGGACGAAACGGGACAACAGGCAAGAAUUCGCAAGCAUAGCGAAAGAUAAGGAUGUUAGUGGUUACGUGGGGAAAAUUCCAGAACGAGCAAUUUUUUUUUAAAUAUAUAUUUGUAAUGCAAAGUUGUGGCAUGCAAUAAAGAGAGCAGAAAGCAGUGGCCAUGCAGAACAUAACAGAUGAUAAUGGAGGUAGAUGGGAAAAGCAUAUUUUAUUUGUGAAGUGUUUCUAGGGUGCCUUGUGAUUUGUUGAUACCGGACGGGUGAAGAGCGUUGAACUUGUAUAUGAGAUAAGACUCCCUAUCACGUCUGUCACGUGUGGAUCUAAACCCGGUUUCUAGAAUAUAUAGUUUAAUGUUGUCAAAAUUGUGACCAGGAACGUUAAAGUGUUCGGCGACUGCUUUGGGGAGUUUGUUGGACGUGUCGGUUCUGUGUCCGGUAAGGCGGUUGUUCAUUUGUUGGCCGGUUUCACCAAUGUAUUGCAUAGAGCAGUCGCCGCAUUCAAUGCAGUAUAUAACAUUGGAGCUUGUGCAUGUGAAUGCGUGGUUAACGGGAUGGGUGUAAUUGCUCGCAGUGCUUUUGAUGGAGUUAGCGUGUUGAACGUGCUUGCAUGUUUUGCAGCGCGGGAGGUUGCAGGGUCGUGUUCCCGUGUACGGGGCGCUCGUUUUGCUGAUUUUGGCAUUGACCAAGGAGUCUGCCAGGUUUCUUGCGCGUCGGUAUGUCACCUGUAUGGGAUUUGUGAAUAUGUUGUUAAGUCGGGCACUGCUUUGGAGGAGGGGCUCGUGCUUCUGUAGAAUGGCUUUGAUGUUUGGAAGUGCGUUGGAAUAUCUUGUGAUGAAGCUUAUUUGGCACGCGUCGGGAUUUUUUCGGUUUUCCAGAACCUCGUUUCGAUCGAGUGUGAGUGCCUUGCGACGGAAUUCGGUUAGGAGGGAGUCUGGAUAGUCCCUUUGGGCAAGUGUACUGCAGAGUUCGUCAAGCUUCUCAGUGUAAUCUGUGUCGUUUGAACAAAUUCUGCGUAGUCUUACACUCUGCCCAUUAGGAAUUCCAACCUUACAGUGACGCGGGUGGUGACUCUUGAAGUGAAGGUAUUGUUGUUUGUCAGUUGGCUUUUUGUACAGGGUUGUGACGAGGUUGCCGUUGUCUAGUGAUAUCGUGGUGUCGAGCAAGUUAAUUAAGUGAGUUGACUGUUGUGAUGUGAACUUUAUGUUGCUAUGCGCGGUGUUCAGUAGGUCUACGAACUUUUGAAAUUCAUGUUCCCCGUGUUCCCAUAUUAUCAGUAUAUCAUCGAUGUAUCGAAGGUACACCGUGGGUUUUAAUGAGUGGGCGCUGAGAACUUUGUUUUCUAGGAACCCCAUGAAGAUAUUUGCGUAUGUGGGUGCAACAGGUGUGCCCAUACUUGUACCGUGUACUUCUAGGUAGUAUUCGCCAUUGAACUCGAAGUAGUUCAGUUUAAGAACCAAGUCCAUUAGAGCGAGUAUGGUUUCCGUGUCUUUUCUGGUGUUUGUAGUAGAAAGGGUAUUGCAGAGGGCUGUGAUUCCGUCGUUGUGUGGGAUGUUAGUAUACAGUGAUGUCACAUCCAGCGUGGCUAGUAUUGUGUCCCUACCAAAUGUACGAGUGUUGUUUAUAUCUCUGAUUAUUCUGAGGAGGUGGGGUGUGUCUUGUACAUGCGAUGGCAGUGUUGUCGGAAUAUGGUUUAAAUAGUGGUCCAGGAAUUUCGAGAGUCUUUCUGUUGGUGUGUUAGGUUGUUAUUAGAUACAAUUGGCCUGCCGGGGAUGUCAGCCGUAUAGAGCUCGUUGGCGUGUACCUUGUGGAUUUUGGGCAGUAAAUAGAAACGUAUAACUUACGUAUACGAGAGAUGUAUUUUCUUUGAUGAUCAAGCACGCAGUGUUCAACAGGACAGUAGCCAUUACCUUUUGAAUAUAACAUCCCAGUUUUCGUACUCACAUGUUUGCAAGCAUUUUAAGAUUUAGUACUGUGGAAGUUGGGUUUGGGGGAGCCUUUCUGUGCUGACAGCAGUAUGAGCUGUGUAAAAACCAGCUUUUUUUUAAUUCCACAUUUUACUUUUGAAUACAAUGCUUCCUAGCAUAUUUUUGUAGCACGAUAACAUUUGCAUAUAUUGUUUGUUUUUAACAGUGAACAAUACAGGUAUUGACAAAUUUUCAGAACUUGCGAGCACUGUUUUCUCUGUCCGACGCCUUAGCAGCAAGCAUAAGUGGGCUUGUUCACUCAUUAUAGAGGUGGAGGAGUGUGCUGGCAGGGAGACCAAUUCCGACCACCUUUCGAGAACAUGCAGGCACACCGAAAUUGCAGCGUGUUGCUAUCAGCUCACACUCACCUCCCUCUGAACGAGUAAAUGAGCCCAUUUCCGCUCGCCGGUAGGGCGUCGUACCAGGGACGAAGUACACCGCUGGCAUGCUCUGUACACGUUUGUUUGGACCUGCCCCGUGUUGCUUGACAUAUUUGUGCAGAUGUAUGAAAAAGCAAGGAGGACUACAUGUCAUCCAGGUGUGACCUCAGUGACUACAUAAAUCCUACUCUGUGAAGCCACAGAUAGUGCAUAUACUAUUUUUGUUUUGUUGAGCUAUGCACAGGAGCUAUGCCUUUGAACUGUGCUUGUUUUCAGUCUAGUCAGCAUUAAGUGCAAAUGUACAUGAUUUUAUCAGUUGAAAUAAAUUAUAUUGCCCAGG